UGUCACUUCGCGCCGAUGAAUCGCGGAUUGAAUCGUCCUACCGCGCUUCCGAUGACAGAUGAAUGUCUUCGCACGGAGUUAUCGGUGUAGAAAGAUGAUUACAUUUCCCGAUUCAUUCGUCUUCAUUAUCGAAAAAUCGUUCUAUGAAGCUGGCUGUAGAGAAUGCAACUUCUAAUGGACUGAAAGAGAUAUCGCUUGCUGAUGACAUACGCGGGAUAGAAUAAUAGAACUUGGCAAAAAACUGAAGAGUAGUUAAAAAGCAACCGAUUUGCUGAUUUAUUUGUGUCAAGAUGUUGAGGCUAACAAACAAUGCAACUAAGAUAUUAAAUGUUACUCUACCUUAUCGAGGAACAAAUGUGACAAGAUAUUAAUGGGUGUAGGAUGCUUGUUCGUAUAUAACGAAUCUAAGAUCUAGUAAUUUGCGAAUGUUGAAUGCCGGCUCAAAGAAGGCUCGAAAUAUCUCAUCGCGGGUUCAUCGAUCAAGCUUAUCGGGACGCGGCAUGAUUCGCCGCCAAUACAGACGUAUGCAAGAGAGUACUUCGGGGAAGAACAAAGAUAUCAUCGCGAGCUGAGAGCAACUAAAUAGCUCUCAAAGGUGAAGACAGACAGUCUUGGAAGUCCAGAAAACUAAAAAUAUCAGCCGGUUCCGCGGUUGUGCGUGCCCGCAGUCCUGCCACGUCGUGCUCCACGCUGGACAAUUUUACCGGCUGGAGAGGAAGAGUGAUAUCUCCAUGAAACAGGGCCCGCCUUUAAUCUCGCGGAUGGCAAUUCGCGGUAAACGACUAUCAGGAACGAUCGUCGUUACCGCAACGAGUCCGUCGACAGACCGGACAUUCACGCGGAACGCGAUCACGCCACGUCUUUAUGCGUAAACUACGGUGGGCUACGUCUCCAUUUACUACCACUACUCGCUAGCCGCUGACGUCUGUCAUCAUCUGCUAUCGCUGUACAUUGCUCCCAUCGGAAUAACAUCGAAAAUAGAUCGAGUUCAGACUUAGGGUGCAGUGUCAAGGCCAAGAGUCCAUCUCGCGACAGAUUCGACGAUGGUGGUACUGGUUGGAGGAUCGGACCUCGAAGUCUCCGGGCUCACCGACAGUAUUUCACAGCGCGGUUGUUUGAAAUUCUUCGCGUGAAGUCGUACCCGUAUUUAUAGACUCGCGUGUAGCGGUGCAUAGGGCCGUGUACGCGAACGCGCGGCACACGCUUCACGUACGUAGCUCCCUCGUCUUCCGUCUCGAGGGUGGGUAGGUAGGUAAGUAGAUACGUGUGGAACAGCCGUCGAUCCCGAGCCACAUCGGGCCCACGUUCGCAGGAAACGAGCGGCAGCACGUCGCGAUCAUGACGCGAUGCGUCCACAACAAGAGCACUACCGGCCUGACCCGCCGACGAAUGCGUCUCCGUCGCCGUCGAACCGUCUGCGCUCGUCGUCCUGCUGGCUGCGAUCCACCGAUUCACUUCCGGGCAUGAUUGCCGGCGAUACCGCCACUAUCUUCCGAGUCCUCGUUAUCCUGCUCGUUCUCGGUUACGCGGUCGCCGCUAAUAGUCUGAAUGAAGAUAAGACAUUCGUCGGAGUUAAAAGCAACAUAAGCUGCCUUCACUCGAUCGACCAGCCGUUUGCAGAGCAUUUGCCAAAGAACAGAGCGACAAAGCUAUCGCACUUCACAAAUUGGAGCGAAUGGUCGGUGUGCGAUCGACACUGCAUGCAAAAUCGCGUCAGGAAGUGCCGAUCAAAAAAAGAUUGUGGGACCACUGUACUUAAGGAGGAACGUGCUUGCGAACAUAACAGAAAAAGUCGUCAAAGGCGAUGCAAACAACGUCAGCGCCGGAAACGUCGACGAAGAAAUGAAAAAUUUCAUGUCGUUCAAGUACCUAAAGAAGCAGAGCCUAGGCAUGGAAAACAAAAAGGCAAAAACAGUAAGGAGAAUUCCAAAAGACAAUAUGGAAAAUGGAGUAAAUGGUCGCCUUGCACGAGAUUGUGCACUACUCAACGUCAUAGAUGGUGCAGAAAGCCAGGAAUUUGCGGGCGCGAUGUGAUACGAGAGAGCGCCUAUUGCUACGUCGAAGGUAGCUUCUGCCAAAGAUGGAUCCAUCGAAAGAUUCGCGGUAGCCACGAAGAAGACGGCGAUGACUUGGUGUUGGACGAGUUCGAACUCAAUCCUAACACCGUGGAUAGCUUCGCUCCAGAAAAGAAUUCAAAUAUUUGGAAGUGCGGAGUAGCGACUCAUAAAGGAUCCAGAUUAUCAUACUUCACGCGAAUUAUCGGCGGCCGUCCGACUGCACCUGGAAGCUGGCCAUGGCAAGUGGCCGUGUUAAAUCGAUUUCGGGAAGCUUUUUGCGGUGGAACAUUGGUAUCCCCAAGAUGGGUAUUAACUGCCGCUCAUUGCAUUAGAAAACGCCUUUAUGUUCGUAUUGGAGAGCACGAUUUAACGAUGAAAGAAGGCACGGAAUUAGAGCUUAGGGUGGACUCAGUGACCAUCCACCCGGAGUAUGAUGCCGAUACUGUUGAUAAUGAUGUGGCUCUACUUCGUUUACCAGUUACCUUGACUCCAUCUCCUUCGAGAGGGAUUGCGUGUUUACCUGCACCAAAGCAGCCCUUACCUACGAAUCAGUUGUGUACCAUUAUCGGCUGGGGCAAAUCCAGCGUGACGGACGAUUUCGGAACGGAUGUGCUGCACGAAGUUAAAGUUCCAAUAGUGUCUCCCGAAACUUGUCGAGAGGUUUACGUGGAUUACAGAAUAACGGAUAAUAUGUUCUGUGCGGGUUAUCGCCGUGGUAAAAUGGACUCUUGCGCGGGUGACAGUGGGGGACCUUUGCUCUGUAGAGAUCCUCGAAAACCCGAACAUCCGUGGACAAUUUUUGGUAUCACUAGUUUCGGCGAAGGUUGUGGAAAGCGCGGUAAAUUUGGUAUAUAUGCCAGACUAUCCAAUUACGUGCGUUGGGUUAUGAAAGUGAUGAAGCAAACUGAUGAUUACAUUUAAGAAACACAGCAAACAUUAUAACUGUAUUAUAAUUGUAAUUAUAGUGUUCACGCAUAAACAAGCAUAGAAGUUAAAAAUACAACAGGCAAU